GACAAGGCUGAGUUUCCUAAGGAAACUCUCAGCCUUGUCCGCAUCUGUUGCCAACACGAUUCGUAUCACCGGCCGGGCACUGGCAGGAUAUAAGCUAAGUUCUAGAAUAGCCACUAGCGCCAGGAUUCACUUUCCGUUCUACACGGUAUGGCCGACGUGACUAGUAUGCCAAACACUACGACUGUCUUGAUCGUUGGCGCAGGACCCUCUGGUCUUGUUGCAGCGCUUUCUCUCCUCCAUCGUGGCUUUAAGGAUUUUGUCAUUGUUGAUGCAGUCAGACAAGGCCAGAAUACCUCACGCUCUAUAGUCGUUCAUGCCGCAACAUUAGAGGCACUGGACACCAUAGAUUGCGGGGAAGAAAUUGUAGCAAAGGGAAUCAAAAUAAGCAGCAUCAAUAUUGGCAACCGCUCGUCAAAGCUCGUUUCUAUCAACCUCUCUUAUCUCGACAAGUACACCCAUCACCCAUAUGCCAUCAUCAUCCCACAGAAUCUUACCGAGCAUAUUCUCGGCAAGAAACUCAAAGGUUAUGGUGUGACAGUUCACCGGCCUUGCAAAGUCACCUCCUUGAAGAUGAACGAGAAUGAUGCCGAUCUCACGGAUGUCAUGUUCGAAGAUGGAAAGACCAUCACUGCAAAGUAUGUCAUCGGCGCAGAUGGCGCUCGUUCUAUUACUCGUCAGAUGGCUGGUAUCGAGUUUACAGACCCUAAGACUGGCGAGGAGGGUGAUAGGGUUAACAAUCUGGCUCAAAUGAUUCUUGCAGAUGUUAUCUACGAAGGCAGAGACAACAGUGACUUGGGGUUUUCAAUUACGAUGUCACCUGAGAGCUUCUUCCUUUCCAUCCCUUUGCCGAAGUCGUUCAAUGACUUACUAGCUGAGAACGGGAAGGAAAUUGGAGUCCCAAUAUACCGAAUUGGCGCAGGUGUCCCUCUGGUGGAUGGAGAGAUUCCACAUUCACCAAGCAAGGAGUACCUACAGAACCUCGUUGAUCGAUUCGCGCCCACAAUCCUCUCAUCAGAUGCUUCAGUUAAUCCCAACUCCACACCGGUACGCAUCAAGGAAGUUAUAUGGGUAACUCGGUUCCGCACGCAUUCCGCCAUCGCCGACAAGGUGUUCACUCGAAUUGGUGGAAACGAGGUCCAGGGUGCUACAGUGGCAGCUGACAACUCCACCACGAAACACGGCGGUAUCAUCUUUCUCAUCGGAGAUGCGGCGCACAUCCACUCUCCCGUUGGCGGACAGGGCAUGAACCUUGGUAUCCGUGAUGCAGUGUUCCUUGGGGAUGUUCUCAUAAAACAUAUAAAUGCAUCUGCUUCGCAGCCCUCCAGCGUCGAUGCUGAUUAUAUUCUGCGUGAAUUUGCAGGGGAGAGGUAUAAACGCGCCCUAGAGGUGAUUGCGUUUACUAAAAACUUGCUUUCAUUUUUGGGAAUGCAAGAUAAGAAUAUCUCAUGGUUGUUCCCAAUCUCAGCUACUGCUGUGCGGGACUGGGCGCUGUGGCUUGGUGGAAAUCUUGGCUUCAUCCAGACAAGGAUGGCGUGGGCGGUGAGUGGACUGGGAAGAAGAUAAUAAGCAUGUCUUGUGAAAGCAAUUCGAUCGCGCCCAAACUUCUUACCUUCACCUCUCCAUUUUUUGAUGUUGAUUCCAUUGCUCGGACUUCAUACCUUCACUUCUCCAUUGUUUGAUAUUGCGCACACGUUCACCUAUUUCACGGUACUUGUACCUCGAUAUUUCAUUUUUCGAGUCAGUGACGAAUACAACGAAGCGUAGAAAAUAGCAUUGAUGUAGAUGUAGUGCAGCCGA